CUUCCCCUCCUCUCCGAGAUGCUAUCCACCAUGGCUCUUGCUCAUUCUUCGCCAUUUGCCGAGUUCCGCUCGUCCGAAGAUUUUGCGCUCCUCUGUUGGCUCCUCCGUCACCUCACCCCUCUCGACUACUGGUCUCACUCUCACUGCUGCAGCGCUGCGACUCCGCUCCUCCGCGCCUUGGCCUUCCAUCCUCUCCUUCUGCUCUUGCUCCCGAGCUGAACAGCUGCGCGGUCGUGGUGGUGAAUGGACGCCGUCGGCGGCGGAUAAGACUGAGAGGAGAAUGCCAUACUGCCUCCUUAAUUGAACUCGGUUUCUCCUUCGAUCCACUGGUUUCGUCAGGCAUCCUGUAUCUGUGAACUAUCAACUAUUUCUUCCUUCUGGGUAUUCCAACAGUGUCGAUACAUAGAACAUCAACAUCUAAUAUGCGUCGUCGGGAGCUUAUGUUAACCUGCCCACAAACAGGGCCGCGUGCUGUUUCUGCUGAGCAUAAUUCUCUGCUAGAUGGAACGCUUCCAGGUGAUGUUGAUGAUUUCCCUUCAGAAUUCCGUUUUGCAAAUGCACGUUCUGUUCGCCAGCGGAAGAUUACUCGAUGUAUAAGCAAUGAUCAGCUGCAGUUCCCACACCCAGACUCGGUGACUGCUUCUCAAUCACGCCGUAAGCGUAAAGCACGUAUGUUGGCCAGCUUGCGAAAAGACAGGCUGAUCAGGACGUCACCAAGACGAUCUGUCCGCCGUAGGACUACCAUGGCUUGUGAAUCUGCAGAAAUUGCCGAAUCGUCUCAGAACCCUUCUAAUACCUUCUUGCCUGCAUCCAACAACGAAGGUUCAGCUCCACCUUCUUCACAUAUACCACCCCCAUCUGCUGGUCAUCGUCGCAAACUCGCCUUGAUUGUUGCUGAUGACAACAAGGCAGCUAUAGCUCGUCGGAACAGUUCGCAUGAUAGCACGUCUUGAGCAAUGGUUGUACUAGCACAUUUUUGCAGCACAUACAUGCAGUACUGUUUUCUCACCAUUGAACCUUGGACCACCAGGUUAUACAUGUCAGCAUUGUGGUGCACUUUUUUGGUAUGAAGAACGUGUUAAUCGGAGCCGUCAGACAAAAAGUCCAUCCUACAACCGAUACUGCAGAGAAGGGAGUAUCAUCUUGCCUUCUUAUAAACCCCCUCCAGAACCUUUGCACAGCCUUCUCACUGGAGUGAACCCAUCAAUGUCAACCCAUUUCUUUGAGAACGUAAGAUAUUACAACUCAAUGUUUGCUUUCACAUCAAUGGGUGUUAAUAUAAUCGAUUCUAUCAA